UGAGAGGUGAUAAUGAUGGAGAUUCAGCUAAUGCGCCAUUGAAAAAUCUGAUUACAGAGCUUUUGCAAUUUGCAUUUGUUCUCGUUUUGCAAGUCAUCCCGCCUGUUGUGUCUGAAUGCAUUUUGGAGCUUAAAAAUAGGGUUUUUUAUUUAUGGGAAAUGGGGAGUUUGUUCAAUUUUGACCGCACUGUUUCUCGGGACUGACUGCCAACGAAGAUGUCACUGGCGGGAAGCAAAGCUGAGAUUCAUGUUAUGUUUUGUCUCUGCAAAACAUUACGUAUGCUUUUAUCGUUUCCGGGUUUGGCAAACUUUUAGUACUGUACACAAUUAAUCAUUGCAAAGUGCAGUGCUGAAGAUUAAGUAAGACCAGCGAAACACAAAGCCAUGUGCAGACAAACUUUAAGCGGUAGCUGCUGCGUGGACAGGAACGAUGAGCAGUCUAAGCAAAAGCCCGAGACAGAGGCAAAAACACAGACAGAGACUGAGAAUGAGAAGUUCUUUGUCUCCGUGUUGAUUGAGAAGGAUUUCUCAGGCUCAGACACCAUUGAGCUUGACAGUUGCCUAACUGCUACUCAGAUUGUGGAGGAGCUCAAGGCACUGUCGGCAAUAUCUGGGCCGAUGGUACUAACGGGUUUGCUGCAGUACUCUCGGGCCAUGAUAUCAAUGUUGUUUCUGGGACGCUUGGGGGAAACAGAACUCGCAGGUGGGUCACUGGCAAUAGGGUUUGCCAACAUAACGGGGUAUUCUGUCAUUUCAGGACUUGCUUUGGGAAUGGAGCCCAUCUGUGGACAGGCAUACGGAGCCAAACGAUGGGGAUUGCUGGGACUUGCGCUUCAGAGAAUGGUGCUCAUUCUUUUGACUGCAGUAGUUCCCACGCUGAUCCUGUGGCUCAAUAUGGAAAGAAUACUCCUUUUUUGCAGACAGGAUGAGGCUGUCACGAGAAUGGCAGCGAAGUAUAUUUUGUUCAGCGUUCCGGACCUUUUCGCUCAGGCGUUGCUUCAUCCCCUGAGAAUCUAUCUCAGAACUCAGAACGUCACAUUCCCUCUUGCUUGCACGGCCGCCAUUGCAGUUGCUCUACACGUGCCGAUCAACUUUCUGCUGGUCGAAUUCCUCGGCAUGGGAAUCGCAGGCGUUGCAUUGGCUGCCGCCUGGACGAAUCUCAACCUCAUUUUGUCCCUCCUCUUGUAUUUCUGUUUCUCCGGAGUUUAUAAGAAGACAUGGGGUGGGGGAGUUUCAGCAGAAUGUUUGAGUGGGUGGACACCGCUGCUGAAACUAGCGAUACCCAGCUGUGUAUCGGUGUGCUUGGAGUGGUGGUGGUAUGAGUUAAUGAUAAUUCUGUGUGGGCUACUCAUAAAUCCCAAGGCCACGGUUGCCUCCAUGGGAAUCUUGAUUCAGACUACUUCUCUUCUAUACAUUUUUCCUUCGUCUCUGAGUGUAGGAGUUUCAACCAGGGUGAGCAAUGAGUUGGGCGCCAACAGGCCUGACAGAGCACGCAACGCUACAAUCGUUGCUCUGACAUGUGCUUCUCUGUUGGGUUUCGUGGCCAUGAGCUUUGCAAACAGUGUGCGCCAUAGUUGGGCAAGACUGUUCACCAAUGACCCAGAGAUUCUGAAGCUUACAUCCAUGGCGCUGCCCAUUUUGGGGCUCUGCGAGCUCGGGAACUGCCCGCAGACCACUGGCUGCGGAGUUCUCAGGGGCAGCGCUCGGCCAUCGUUGGGAGCAAACAUAAAUCUAGGUUCUUUUUAUCUCAUUGGCAUGCCCAUUGCUGUGGGUACCGGGUUUUUUUUCAACAUUGGUUUUGUGGGAUUCUGGAUUGGAUUGUUCGCUGCGCAGGCCUCUUGCUUGGCACUCAUGCUAUACCAUUUGUUUCGCACAGACUGGACUCUGCAAGCCACCCGGGCAAUUGAACUCACCGAAUCACAAGACCCAAAGAUUUCAAAUGAUUCGGAGCCUCUCGUUGCGGCAACGUAGCAAUUGCCCUACCAGGGAACGGAAGAAUUCAAAUUGUGUAGAUUAUAUGUUAUUGUAGAGAUCUUCGAUUGUGUUAGCAAGUAUUUUUAUCAAAUGUUUAGCUGUGAUCCAUCAUUAUCGAAACGAAAAAGAAUUAAAGAAUUAAAAUGAUUGUUGCAGACAAAAACACCCUAAAAAAAGAGAGUUUGUAUAUAGAUUAUAUGUGUCAAGAACAGACAUUAAUUAGAGUUUGUAUAUAGUGUUGUCA